GCUGUUCCGUUGACGUUCCCGUCACCCCUCCGCGGGCCGUUCCUCUUCCAAUACUCGCCUCCCCCCGAUUAUAGCUAUUUCUCCCAUCUACGUGCGGGCGACUAACAUGGAUGUUGCAAAUCAGUUGGUUGCCCAGGGGCAAUUCAGGGUGCUGAAAGUUCCAUUGGGCUUCAUCAAAAUCUUAGAAUGGGUGUUUGCCAUUUUUGCGUUCUCCACCUGUGGGAGUUACUCAGGCUCCUUCAGGAUGAGCGUUGAAUGUAAGAACAGAUCAGAGAGUGACCUGAAAAUAGAUGUGGGUUUUGAGUAUCCCUUCAGGCUCCAUCAAGUAUAUUUCAGUGCCCCUACCUGCAAGAAUAGCCUAACUGAUCGUUUCUUCCUGGUUGGGGAUUACUCGUCCUCAGCAGAGUUCUUCGUUACCAUAGCCGUUUUUGCAUUCCUGUAUUCCAUGGCAGCUCUUAGCGUCUACGUAUUUGCUUUUGAGAAGUACCGCGAGAACAACAAGGGGCCACUGAUUGAUUUCGGUGUGACAUGCGUGUUCACCUUCAUGUGGCUGGUGAGCUCGGCGGCAUGGGCGAAAGGUUUGUCAGAUGUGAAGACCGCCACAGAUCCCGAGAAGGUUCUGGAUCUGAUCCCCGCAUGCGAGCAAGAGGCCAAUCGCUGCCGUGAAGUUCACGAUCCGGUCAUGUCUGGUCUUAACACUUCUGUGGUCUUUGGGUUCCUGAACCUGAUCUUGUGGGCAGGUAACUUGUGGUUUGUAUUCAAGGAGACCGGAAUUAUUGCACCAUUCAUGCGCCAGCCGCCUGCCCAGGAGAAGCAGCCACAAUUCGGACAAGGAGGUUAUGGGCAGCAGGACCCAUAUGCUGCUCCUCAGGGAGGUUACCAGCCCGACUACAGCCAACAGGGCUACAAUCAGGGUGGAGAAUACGGUCAGGGUGGCUAUGACCAGCAGGCGGCACCCACCUCUUUUUCCAACCAGAUGUGAGCGAAGGAAUAAUUGAGGAAGCAGAGGAGUUGAAG